GGAACAACGACAACAGCCAAACUAAAACCUCAUUAUCGGUAGCACAAACUAGCAGAGCAAGAGAGCAAGCUUCGUAGUUGUGGUUGUUGAUUGACAAUGGCGGAUCCAUCACCCUCAGCAAUAGUACCCGAAGGGAAACCCAAGGAAGAUGACGACGAUCAGUCGGAUGUGGAGCUGGAAGGCAUGGACGUGGAUGAUAUCGUGGAAGAAGAUGCCGACGAUGAAAUCAUGACGACAAAGACGGAUGAUACCGAAGAGGAAGCGAAUAAUACUAAUGAUAAUGCGACCAACAGUGAAGCAUUGCAAGCAGAAGAUGCAGAAGAGCUAGAAGCCGCCAAACGAGAACGAAUGGAAUUGCUGGCAGCCAAAAAGAAAAAGGAACAAGAAGCCGAAGCGCUGGAUCCCAGCAAGAAAUUUGACUUUUUGGUGGCCCAAUCGGAUGUCUUUGCGCAUUUCUUGGCCGGAUCCGUGGCCGCAUCGUCAAAGAAAGGCAAGAAGGGCUCUCGUGGAAAAAAGGGUCGCUUGACGGAAGCCGAAGAAGAUGCCCAAUUGCUCAAGACAUCCCAGUCCAAGCGUCGCACUGUGCGAUUGGAAAAACAACCUGGAAUCUUGUCCAGUACCGUCACCAUGCACAAGUACCAACUAGAAGGACUCAAUUGGAUGAUCAAAUUGCAUGACAGUGGAAUUAAUGGAAUUCUAGCUGAUGAGAUGGGCUUGGGCAAAACACUACAAUCCAUUUCCCUCUUGGCAUGGUACCGCGAGUUCCGCGGGGUCCGUGGUCCCCACAUUAUCAUUGUCCCCAAGAGUGUGGUCGGAAAUUGGUGUCGCGAAUUCAAAAAGUUUUGCCCCACAAUCAAAGUUGUCCGUAUGGGAGGCACCAAAGCCGAACGAAUCAAGGUUGUCACACAAGACUUGCCGCCCGAUGAACAUGGAAAAUACAAAUUCGAUGCACUCGUCAUGUCCUACGAGGCACUUUUGAAAGAACGGGGAAGACUCUCCAAAAUUCACUGGAAAUAUCUCAUGAUUGACGAAGCCCAUCGCAUCAAAAAUGAAAACUCGUCACUCAGCAAAGCCAUUCGCACCAUCAACACCGAACAUCGAUUGCUCAUUACCGGAACACCGCUCCAAAAUUCCAUUCACGAACUAUGGGCAUUGCUCAACUUUCUCAUGCCCGAUAUUUUUGGGGAUGCCGCACAAUUUGACGAGUGGUUUAGUAUGAAUGAUGAAACGGGCAAGGAAAAUACUAUUAAAAAGCUACACACGGUCUUGCGACCAUUCAUGUUGCGGCGCAUCAAGGCCGAUGUCGCCACGUCGUUGCCGCCCAAGAAAGAAACCAAACUCUACAUUGGAUUGACCAAAAUGCAACAAGAGUGGUAUGUCAGGGUACUCCAAAAGGAUGCCCAUGAACUCAACAAACUAGGUGGACCUUCUCGAGUGGGACUCUUGAAUGUCCUCAUGCAGUUGCGAAAGGUUUGCAAUCAUCCUUAUCUCUUUGAUGGAGCCGAAAAGGGACCUCCGUAUGUGGACGGACCUCAUCUGUGGGAGAAUGCCGGGAAACUACAACUCUUGCACAAGCUGUUGCCCAAAUUGAAACAGAAGGGUUCGCGAGUGCUCAUCUUUUGUCAAAUGACGCGUGUUCUAGACAUUCUGGAGGAUUAUUUCCGGUUUCUUGGCCAUGAAUACUGCCGCAUUGACGGAAACACGGACGGUGAAAAGCGAGACUCACAGAUGGACGAGUUCAAUGAGGAAGGGUCCACCAAGUUUUGUUUCUUGCUCAGUACUCGUGCUGGAGGACUCGGAAUCAACUUGGCCACCGCCGACAUUGUCAUUCUCUACGAUAGUGACUGGAAUCCUCAGGUCGACCUGCAAGCAAUGGACCGUGCCCACCGAAUUGGUCAGAAAAAGCCUGUGCAAGUGUUCCGGUUUGUCACCGAAGGGACGGUAGAAGAGAAGAUCAUUGAGAGAGCAGACCGAAAGCUCUUUCUCGAUGCCGCCGUCAUCCAGCAAGGCCGUCUUGCCGAGCAGCACAAUUCGCUAGAGAAAGAUGAUUUGAUGAAAAUGGUCCGCUUUGGAGCCGACCAAAUCCUCAGUGGAAAGGGAGGUACCUACACUGAUGAGGACAUUGACGCGUUGAUUUCGCGAGGAGAGGAGCGCACGGAAGCCAUGCAAGCCAAGUUGCAAACCGAUGCAAAGCACAACUUGGCCAACUUUAGCUUGAUUGCUGACGAUGAUAACGGAACGGACACGUUUGCCUUUGACGGAAAGAACUAUCGUGGUGCGGACAAGGGCAAGGGGAACUUUAUCAAUCUGCCGCAACGACAGAGAAAGCGCAACUACGAUGUGAACGAGUACUUUCGUGAGACGAUGAAUACAGGGACGACCAGUGGCCUCAAGGCACAUGCUGCUGAUGCUGCCGCCAAGAAACGGAAGAAGGGAAGUAGUUUCCAAGACUUCCAGCUCUUUGACUCCGCCCGCAUCGAGAAAAUCAACGAAUUGGAGCGUGAGCUUGCCACAAAGAAGGAAGCACAAGUGGCAGCCAUCAAACAGAUGCGAGAAACAAUUAAGCAUGCUCCCAUGAUGGCCUUGGGCGCUGCACCUGGACAGAGCAAAGAGGAACUCACCAAGCUGGCUGGUGAGAUGGAACAAAAACUAUCAGAAUUCAAACUCCCAGAAGAGGCGGAAGCAGAACGGAAGAAACUCAUGAAUGACGGCUUCCCGGACUGGAGUCGAAAGGACUUCAAGUCGUUCUGCAAUUCUUUGGAACGUCACGGUCGUUAUGAUUUUCCGAGUAUAGUGAAGGAUGUUGCAUCGGAAACAAACAAGGAUCGAAAGGAAGUCCAGCGAUACUUCGUGGCGUUCUGGACCAAGUACCGACUCAUUGGGGAUUGGAAGAAGAUCGUCGAGCGCGUCGAAAAAGGAGAGAAAAAGAUCCUCCGACUUCGUCAGGUCAGGGACGCCAUUCAGGAGAAGGUGGAGCGACACAUUGAGGACACGUUUGGGCCUCAACUGGAAAAGCUAGUGACCGUCGGAGACGACGGCAAGAAGCGUAUCCCUUCCUAUGCAGAACUCAUCCAGAGCUCUUGGCCUAGCAUGAAGAUCAACUAUGGCAACACGACGCGGGGUCGUUCGUACCAAGAGGAGGAAGACGCUUUCCUGCUUUGCAUGAUGUACCGCCAUGGCUUCGGUGCGGCAGAGCGCAUCCGGAUGGAAAUUCGUAAGGCCUGGCAGUUUCGGUUUGAUUGGUAUUUCAAAUCCAGGUCAACUGCCGAAAUACAGCGGCGAUGCGAGGUGCUAGUUCGAAUUAUAGAGCGGGAAAACGAAGAGAUCAGGAAGAAGGAACAAGAAGAAACACAGAAGGCAAAGGAAGAGGAAGGCUCCGCUGAGGCUGCUGCCCACCCGGCUGAAGGUGAUGCUGGCGAGGAGAGCUCAUCUGCGGCGUCGGCGUCUCCAGUUGCAGCUGCGCAGCAAAACUAGGCGAAGUUUGGGUGCAUCACUAUUGCAUCUGGCUACAGCUAUUCAGGAGAAAAAGGGCAAACAACCAUGCUGCUGCUGCAGGUAGAUAACUUUGGGAAAAACUAAAUUAUUGUCCACGAACGCAAUAGCGUUGCCUCUCUUAAGAAAAUUGG